UUUAGUAAGUCUAGAAAAUAACUGCGGAAGUCCGUUGGCGUGACGUUAUUGUCCAAUCCCUGUUUACCCCUACCCUCCCUCAAUAACGUUCAAAAGUUAAACUCUCCCAGAAGCUAAAUUAGCUAGCAGUUUAAGUUUUCUAGAGACAUUUUUACAAUCAGCUAACGAUAUUAAAGUGAGUUUUGGAGCGUCUUUGUAAUGAUAUACGCGUUGAAGUUGUUUAGCCUAUUUAGCUGAGUGUUAGUUAACUUUAGAUUUAGUUGCAGAGGCGGUGAGUUCGCGGUAGCUUUACAAAAAGCUAGCAAACUCUGCCAUGCCCCCCUAGAAGAUGAUGCUCCAAACAACAACAAUGACGGUGACAUAACGCAGGGGGUUGCUGGAGAAGAAACACGGAGGAACUGGGUGUUAUAUUAGUGGGUAACUGUUAACGAUGUGAUGGACGAAGUGAAAAGACUUUCCCCAUCAAAUGGAAGAACUUUAGGAAGAGUCUCAAACUUUUUCCCCUGGUCAAAUGACACGUCAGCUGAGCUCUGGCACAGCACUCCUCUUAAGCAGAAAAAUGUUGAUGCUUCACUGGAUGUUAGCCAACCGUCUGUCCCACCCAGCUUCAAGAUGGACUUCACAGCAAAACAGUGGGCCACAAUAACACCUCCUCCCAUCCCAGCAGAUACCCUCCUUCCCCCCAGCUCGCAGCACACAGAGUUUCCGGUGAAUGACCUGAGUGGCUCCACAAUCCAGAGGCAGAGGAGGGAGCUGCAGCUGCUGAUGGCUGAGCUGAAGGACCGGGACAAGGAGCUGAACGCCAUGGCCGCCUCCCAUCAUAAGCAGCUUCACGCCUGGGAACAAGACCGCCAGAGGGUGCUCAGCUUGGAGCAGAGGUGCGCCCGUUUGGAUGAUGAGUUGCAGAAGCGUAAUGAGGUGAUCAGAGUCCUGACUAAACGUGUUUGGGUGGUGGAAACCAGGGAGGAGGAAGUCCAGAAGGAGCUCAGCGCUGCCCGACAGCAGCUGUGUGAGCUGGAGCAGAAACAGCAGCACAUCAGCCAAAGAUGUGAAGACUUUGAGGAGAAGAACCAGAGUCUCAACUCCACAGUCAUGGCUCUGUCCACUCAAGUCGGCUCUCUGCAGGUCAGGGAGGAAGAACUGAGCUCCCUGAUCAAACUCAAGGACAAGGAUGUGACUGAAGCCUCGGGUCAUAUAGCCGACCUCGCAGGGCGCCUACGAGAUCUGGAAACAUCGCUUACGGACAGCCGCUCACAGGAAAACAAACUCAUGAGAGACUUAGAGGAAAAUAAACGGCGUUAUAGAGAGGCCAGGCAUGAGGUCACGCACCUUAAAGAGGAGCUGCAGCAGCAGGUAACACAGAGCAGCACACAGAGGGAGGAGAUCAUCCGUCUCAAACAGGAGCUCCAGCUGCUUCGCAGAGAUCUGGCCUUGGCGGGGGAGGGAGACGGCUGGAAAGAUGAGCUGCUAGAACUGGCUCGCUCCAAACAGGAACGCACCGUGUCAGAGCUCCGCUGCCUACGACAGGUGUGUGAGAAUCAGCGCAACGACCUGCAGCUUUUGCAGUUGAACCUGGAAAGUUCCCGUGAAGCCCUGAGAGAGAAGAGCAGUCAGGGAUUGCCUGGCAGUCAGGAUGAGUUCGGAUGCUGCUGUCUGGACAACCCGUCACCUUCAUCGCUCAGACUGAAGAAAUCGAGACCUUUACAUGAUGCUGCCGCUCUGCCAGCAGCUAAUCUGCGAGGCACCGUCAACAGUGAACUGGGAAUCUUCUCGGCACAAUUUGUGGGUGGUGGUGACCCUGUGUCCAGCUGUUCUCUACAGCAGCUGUUAGACGAGUCCCGACAGGUCAUCGAGGCCAAUUCAGAGCCCAGCAGCUCGAGACCCCACAGCUCCGUACACAACAGUGGCCCUACUAUGAGCUGUGGGACCACUGACCCCUUUUACUCUCAUAAGUGCCAGACGUCCCACCACCACCCAGCUACUCCAACACAGGCCUGUGAAACUCCACCCAAAGCCUGCCCUCGACAUGGUACCUGCCAGCCAUGUGGACUUCUUGACAAAGACUGAAGCACAGAUUCUUUUUUUCAGGGAAACUUUAUGUAUUUACCAAAGUGACUCCAUGUGCUAAAUUAUGUAGCACUAGAGACUGUUUUAAAAAUCAGAACCUGUUUUUAUGCACACAGCUAAAAAAAACUGAAUGAUAAAAAACUGUCAUGAAUUUUUUUUAAACCAUAUUAUCUUGUUUGUAAUUUGGUUCCAGUGCAUUUCCAGUACUUUUUUUGGGGAGGGGGAGGUACACUUGAGAUUAACAUGCAUACUGUGUAUUUUUUAAAACCCUGUCUCAGAUUUUUAAAGGCUGUAUUGUGUGUAUUUUUAAAGUGACUGAGAUGUGAAACCAGUCCUACAGGGCUGUUGAGUGGCGUGUCUUUAUAUUGUCUUUCCAGUUUCACUGCUUACAGAUUUGUCUGGUGACUCAGGAGAUGUUGAUGGUUGUUAAUAGUCUUAACAAUGUGUAACUUGUUCAUGGUGUCAUUACUUACUAAAAUAUGUAUAUACAAA